GCGGGCACAUCCCAGGUUAGCGGCUGCGAGCCGAGCCGGGCGGCGGCGGUGGCGGCAGCUGCAGCAGUGGUGGCCAGAGCGGAUGCUUGCGGGCUCCCUGCGGCUCCACUAGUUUUCUUCGCCCCGCCCAGCGCCCACUUGUCUAGGCUGGGGAAGAAGACCAGAAGGGGCUCAGCUCGAAAACUCAGGUGUCUCAGCUUAGGGCCUCCUCGGGGAAGAGCUAAGUGCUCCCAGGUGAAGCCGGUGCCCGCGGGCGGUCCGUACACCCCGCAGCCCGCUCGCACCGCUCGAGAGCCUCGGCCGCUGUGUCUUCCACGCCUGCAGCUCAGCCAGGGCGCGCAGGGCCAGUGGGGUCCACUGAGGGGUAAAGGGGACCAGGACGGCGAGGAUGGACGCACAGACCUGGCCCGUGGGCUUUCGCUGCCUCCUCCUUCUGGCCCUGGUUGGGUCCGCCCGCAGCGAGGGCGUGCAGACCUGCGAAGAAGUUCGGAAACUUUUCCAGUGGCGGCUGCUGGGAACUGUCAGGGGGCUGCGGGAUUCGCCGCGGGCAGGACCUGAUCUUCAGGUUUGCAUAUCCAAAAACCCUACAUGUUGCACCAGGAAGAUGGAGGAGAGAUACCAGAUUGCGGCUCGCCAGGAUAUGCAGCAGUUUCUUCAGACGUCCAGCUCUACAUUAAAGUUUCUAAUAUCUCGAAAUGCGGCUGCUUUUCAAGAAACCCUUGAAACUCUCAUCAAACAAGCAGAAAAUUACACCAGUAUACUUUUUUGCAAUACCUACAGGAACAUGGCCUUGGAGGCUGCUGCUUCGGUUCAGGAGUUCUUCACUGAUGUGGGGCUGUAUUUAUUUGGUGCAGAUGUUAAUCCUGAAGAAUUUGUAAACAGAUUUUUUGACAGUCUUUUUCCUCUGGUCUACAACCACCUCAUUAACCCUGGUGUGACUGACAGUUCCCUGGAAUACUCAGAAUGCAUCCGGAUGGCUCGCCGGGAUGUGAGUCCAUUUGGUAAUAUUCCCAAAAGAGUAAUGGGACAGAUGGGGAGGUCCCUGCUGCCCAGCCGCACCUUUCUGCAGGCACUCAAUCUGGGCAUUGAAGUCAUCAACACCACAGACUAUCUGCACUUCUCCAAAGAGUGCAGCAGAGCCCUCCUGAAGAUGCAGUACUGCCCGCACUGCCAGGGCCUGACGCUCACUAAGCCUUGUAUGGGAUACUGCCUCAAUGUCAUGCGAGGCUGCCUGGUGCACAUGGCGGAGCUUAAUCCACACUGGCAUGCAUAUAUCCGGUCGCUGGAAGAACUGUCAGAUGCAAUGCAUGGAACAUACGACAUAGAACACGUGCUGCUGAACUUUCACUUGCUUGUUAAUGAUGCUGUGAUACAGGCUCACCUCAAUGGACAAAAAUUAUUGGAACAGGUAAAUAGGAUUUGUGGCCGCCCUGUAAGAACACCCACACAAAGCCCCCGUUGUUCUUUUGAUCAGAGCAAGGAGAAGCAUGGAAUGAAGACCACCGCAAGGAACAGUGAAGAGACGCUUGCCAGCAGAAGAAAAGAAUUUAUCAACAGCCUUCGACUGUACAGGUCAUUCUAUGGAGGUCUAGCUGAUCAGCUUUGUGCUAAUGAAUUAGCUGCUGCAGAUGGACUUCCCUGCUGGAAUGGAGAAGAUAUAGUAAAAAGUUAUACUCAGCGUGUGGCUGGAAAUGGAAUCAAAGCCCAGUCUGGAAAUCCUGAAGUCAAAGUCAAAGGAACUGAUCCUGUGAUAAAUCAGAUUAUUGAUAAACUGAAGCAUGUUAUUCAGUUGUUACAGGGUAGAUCACCCAAACCUGACAAGUGGGAACUUCUUCAGCUGGGCAGCGGCGGAGGCGUGGUUGAGCAAGUCAGUGGGGACUGUGAUGAUGAAGAUGGUUGCGGGGGAUCAGGAAGCGGAGAAGUCAAGAGGACACUGAAGAUCACAGACUGGAUGCCAGAUGAUAUGAACUUCAGUGAUGUAAAGCAAAUCCAUCAAACAGACACUGGCAGUACUUUAGACACAACGGGAGCAGGAUGUGCAGCGGCGACUGAAUCUACGACAUUCACUCUGAUAAGUGUGGUGAUGUCACUUCCUGGGAUUUGGUAACUGAACUCUUCUGUCCUGACAUACCCUACUGAAGUCUCGAUUUCUUCUCUCUCUACAUAUGCCUGGAAUAAGAGAUCCUUUUUCAAUAUAACAAUUAUAUUUAUGAAAUGAUAUGUUACACUAACUUCUCAGAAGCCAAGCUGAAAUAUUCAUAAAGUCCCUAAAACUCAAUGUUUAAAUGACACACUUUAAAAAUAUGUCUUUUUUCAAUCUAACUGAAAACCUUCUUAACUUCUAAUAUAUUAAAUCUGAAGAUGUGAAAGGCAGAGAAGUGACUUUGAAUAAGAAGAAUUCAAUGUAUCUGUAAUUUUAUUAUCAAUUCCAAGCCCCUUCCUUUCUAAAUUAAAAAUGUUUUCAUUUGAAAGUGUAUUUGCCAGACAAUGAAAACAAUAUGCAGUAUUUCUUAAAGUACUGAAAUUAGAAUAUCAUGAAAUAAAUCAAAACAUACAAUGGCAAGUAGUAUGCAUGCAUAUUCAAGAGACUUCCAUUUUUGCAAGCUGUAGCAGGAAAUGUCUGAAUGUCUAUAAGUUAUGGGGUAGAUUCUUGAGAAGCAUUUCACAUAAUUUCACUGAAGAACUUUGAUAAUUUUGACCCACUGUAACUUAGCCACUGAUGAACCUUAAAGCUGAGUAUUUUAGUAACACCUGAUUUGUAUUCCAUUAUAUUCAAAAUGCAUCUUUGGUGUUGUGCCUCUGCUCCCGCCUCUCUCUUUGCCUCAUAGACUUAGCCAUGUUGGGAAGCACAUGCUUGCUCUAGGAAUAUCUCCAAUAAAUAAAUAUUUGGUGGAAAAAUUUGAAGAAUAUUUGUAUUUUCUUCGGGCAAAAAUGAUAUUUUCACCCAUUUUCAAAAUAUUAUGUACUACUUUUUAAAGCCUGAUGUUGAACAAUUGGCUACCUAUGCAUUUCUAAGGUUCCUAUGAAUAUCUGCAGACAUGUCCAGAAAAUAUGAUAUGCAACACUUUAGCUCUUUUGCUAUUUGCUCAUUAAUGGAGCUGCAAACCAACAGUCCCUAAUUUCUCAGUUGGGAUAAGUUGCCUCAAUAGACACUAAUAGGAUAUGUAUAUGGCUAUACUUGAGGAAAAGAGAAGUUAGUUUUUAUUAAUAAGUAUCACAUCCAGUCAGCAGAGAGAAAAUAUAAUUAAUACAACGUCACAGAAUAGAAAAGGGAAUUGCUGACCUCAAAUAAAAAAAAAAAUUGAAAUGACUUCUGACAAAGACGUAAACAAGACACAGCCAACUGCAAACAUUAAUGAGGUAAAAUCCAUUUCUGCCAAUCAGGAAACAAUGUAUGAUCAAACCCUGUUCUCUCUUAAGUUCUCAAUUAACAAAAUGAUCUAAGGAUGGUUAGUUUAAAUCACAACACUUUUAAGCUGCCCAAUCAGGUUUUACUCUCUGUUCAAACAUGCCUCACAACCAGAAGUGUUAUUCUACCUGUCAGUUCUGGAUGCCAUUUUCCUAGGCUUCCAUUCCACACCUAACAUUCCCCGAUCCAUUCGGUUAAUAACUCAUUUGCACUCACCUUGACACACUCCACAAAUUACAAACUUAAACCUAUUUUGAAAUUUUUUUACUUCAACCUCAGCUCUUCAUUUAAAUCAGUCUUGGAAAAAAGUGAUACUAAGGCACUCAUUUGCUGCCCUCCAGCCCAAGUCAUGAUUGGCUUGCUACGGCGAAAUUUCAGACCAACUUAAGAGGAAUUUAAUU